GUGCUUCUCGCAGGCUCGUGCCCUCUGUAACGCUGACACGGCUCUGUGAAGCCGCUCUGAUCCGGGAUGUGCCCGGUGUGUUAAGCUCUGACACCGAAUCUGUUCUCUCUCUGCGCUCGGUAAACGGCCCGCCGUCACCAUGAGCACCAUGUUCGCUGACACCAUCCUGAUCGUGUUCAUCUCUGUGUGCACGGCGCUGCUGGCUGAAGGCAUUACCUGGGUUUUAGUGUACAGGACUGAGAAGUACAAGAGGCUAAAGGCUGAAGUGGAAAAACAAAGCAAAAAACUUGAGAAGAAAAAGGAAACCAUCACAGAAUCUGCAGGACGCCAACAGAAGAAGAAAAUUGAAAGACAAGAGGAGAAGCUGAAGAACAACAACAGAGACCUGUCUAUGGUGCGCAUGAAGUCCAUGUUUGCUAUAGGCUUCUGCUUCACAGCUUUGAUGGGCAUGUUCAACUCCAUCUUUGAUGGAAGAGUCGUGGCCAAGCUGCCAUUCGUGCCGCUGUCCUACAUCCAGGGACUGUCGCACCGCAACCUGUUGGGCGAGGAUUACACCGACUGCUCCUUCAUCUUUCUCUACAUCCUCUGCACCAUGUCCAUCAGACAGAACAUUCAGAAGAUGCUCGGCCUCGCACCCUCCAGAGCUGCAACAAAACAGGCUGGAGGCUUCCUGGGACCUCCUCCCCAAGCAGCCAAGUUUUCUUAACCAUCACCAUCAUCAUGUGACAAGUUCAAGUGUUCUUGCACUGCGACUAUGCGCAGUUCCAGCUCCACCUCCCACAGACACAGCUGCCUCUGCAGAGCUGGAGUAUUAUCUGCUGCAGCUACACCACCUUCUGUUGGAUAUCUCGUUUGUGUUUUGUUUAUUUAACUUUGAUGUACCACGUAGAAAUUAGAGCUUGUUCUUAAUUCUGUUGAUUACCAAAGGAUACACGUUAACCUUGUAUUCAGCACAUGCCAUACAUUGUUUUGGGAUUUUUAAUGAUUAAUUGGCACAGUAACAUCUGAUCCAUUUGUCAGUAUUAUUGUAUGUCCUUGUGUUUAUCCUUAUUUCUUACAUAUUAAUAAAGUUUUAUGAUUACAUUUA